CGAAGACGGCAGCCUGGAGACGAGACAGAAAGUGAGCCUCUAAGUUAUAGAGAGAGGGAAGCUGCUAGAAAGAGGGCUAGGAGAGAAAAUGAGACUGCUGAAGAGCGACAAAGAAGACUUCAGCGGGAGGCUGAGCAAAGAAGGAGAAGGCGUGCACAAGAGUCGCAAGAGCAGAGAGAUGCUCGACUUUCUGGAGUCGCGGAAAGGGCUAGAAUCCGCAGGCAUCUAGAAACCGAAGAUGAACGAGGAGCACAGGGAAGCGCGCCUGGCAUACUUGCUGAACGCGCACGAAUUCGAAGGGAAUUGGAGGAUGAUGAACAUAGGCAGGCGCGCCUAGCAAGACUUGCUGAGAUCGUUAGAACUGAAAGGGAAGCGGAGGAUGAUGAACAUAGGCAGGCGCGCCUAAUAAGACUUGCUGAGAGCGCUCGAAUUCGAAGGGAAAGAGAGGAUGAGGGACAUAGAGAAGCGCGACUGGCGGGACUAGCUGAGGGAGCUCGAAUACGGCGAGAACUCGAAGAUGAGGAGCAAAGAGAAGAGCGUCUAUCAAGGGACGCCGAUAGAGCUCGGAUUCGGAGACGUUUGGAGGACGGCGCUGAUAGACGAGCACGUCUGGCUGAAGACGCUGCGAGAGCUCGAGCUCGACGACGCUCAGAAGACGAGGAGCGAAGGACCACUCGAUUGACGCAGGAAGCGGAGAGAUCAAGAAACAGGAGGCAGCAAGAAAAUGAAGAAAAUCGAGAAUUACGAAGAACGGUGGAUGCAAUAAGAGCAAGACAACGUAGGGAGCAAGAACAUCAGGAGCAGCGACAACAGCGCAACCUUGCCUCAGCGCAGCGGGAGCAAACUCGGAGGAGUCGAGAAACACUGGCGGAAACUCAAGAAAGACGACGUGUUGAAGCGGGACGCUAUCAC